AUGGAUAUGACCAGCGAUAGCAGCAGCGCCGACUGCAAAGUCAACAUGCUCUGGAAUUGGUACACCAUCGAUGCCUGCUUCCUCACAACAUCAUGGCAGAUCCAAAACGAAGGCAUGAUGGCCGCCACCUGCAUCGGCGUAAUCCUGCUCGUCAUCCUCGUCGAGUUCUUCCGCCGCAUGGGCAAGGAAUACGAUAACCUACUGCACCGCCAGUUCGAACGCCAGGCCACCACGCAUGGCACCGCGCUCGCCGCUCAGGGCUGCACCGGCGCCGUUAUCCCCACGCGCCAGACCAUCACCUUCCGCGCCUCGCCGCUGCAGCAACUGGUGCGGGCCGUUAUCCACGCCAUGACCUUUGGCGGCGCAUACAUCAUCAUGCUGCUCGCCAUGUACUUUAACGGCUACAUCAUCAUUUGCAUAUUCAUCGGCAGCGGCCUGGGCAAGUUCCUGUGCGACUGGUUGGUGGUCAGGAUUGACAUCGAGGGGCUCGACGACGGAGGACACGGAAAGUCCAAGGGCAUCGAAGAGACGACUGUUUGCUGCGGCUGA